UGUUGCUAUGGAAACGCGUGGUUUGUUCCCUGCGCUUGGUUGGGAUGGGGUCCCGAGUUUGGUUCUUUCUGGUCGUGAUUUCGGGACUGGGGCAGCGUAGGGGCCGGGGAGAGGCGAUCCCUUAAAGGGUUGGCCGAGGGUUCCCCAGGAUGGGUCUCUGAGGGGGGGAUCCCAAGGUGAGGUCCCCGAGGACGGAUCCCCAAGGAGAUGCUGGCUCGAGGAGGGUUCCCUAAGGAUGGGGUCCCCAAAGCCGCCGAUGGAAGAGAGGGAAUCCCUUUCCUUGGAAUUUCCCCGCUGGAUCCGAGCCGGUUCUACGCCCUCCCCAAUCCCCCAUUUCCGUGUCCCAUCCCAGUGCUUCCCAAUCCCCUGUAGUGACAUCCCGUGUCCCUCGGCUGUGCCGGGGUGACAGUGACAGAGGGACAUGGCCCUGCCAUGAUUGCUCACCGUGCCCGCGUCCCGAGCUCCCGUGUUCCAGAGCUCUUUCCAUUCCCUCCGGUGUGUGCCUGAGCUGCUGCCCAGAGUGACAUUUCCCAAUUCCCAAGGGUCUCCUCCUGGCCCAGAGGGUCUUUUCCCAUUUCCCGGGGUUCUUUUCCCAUUUCCCGGGGUUCUUUUCCCAUUUCCCGGGGUUCUUUUUCCUAGUCCACGGGGGUCUCCUCCUUUCUUCCAGGGUCUUUUCCCAGUCUCCAAGGACCUUUUCCUGAUCCUGAAAGGGUUAUUUCCCAGUUCCCGUGGUCCCAUGCUCCCUUUCUCCAGUUUCCAGCCCCUUUCCCCAUCCCAGUUACCCUUCCCCGCUGCACUGGGAUGUCUUCUGAGGAAUCCAGGAACCUGGAUUUGGUGUGGGGCUAGGACUUUCAUUAUCCCUUCAGGAAUCGUCCCCUCGUUUAUUGCUGAAUUCCAAGGAUACCACAGCCAGCUCCACCGCCCAGGCGUCCCGGUUAAAACCGGAUUAAUUCCCGGAACCGAGGGAUCCCGUCCCGGAGCCGCCGGUGCCUGCCGGGAGCUGCGAGUGAGAUUUGGGAUGUCCGGGAGGAGUUUCCGGGGACUGAGCCGCCGGACCCGGUGCCGGUUCAUCCCUGGAUCGCGGCGGGAUUCUCGCCGGGAACAGAGUGAAACCGGAACCGGCACCGGCACCGGACGGUUUCUAAGCCAGUUUGGGGCAAGUGGCCUCAAAAUGAGGUCGGGCUGUGACGGGUGGCGGUGCCUCGUCCUGUCUCUGAGUGUCCCAUCCCCCCAGCGGUGGUUGUCCCUGACUGUCCCUGUCCCAAGUCAAUGCCCCAUCAGGGAUGCCCCAGCGACGGGCAGUGCCCAAGCUGACCACACUGUGCCUGCAGAACCUGGCCCAACACAUGCAGAGCUUCUGGGCCAAGGACUACAGUGACAACUACCUGGAUGAGUACAAGUUCCGCUUCCUCGUGGGCCCCUUCAACGACCUGGCCUCAGGGCUGGUGCAGGAGCUGCUGCAGCUGCUGGGGACGAGCCGGCGGUUGUCACGUGCAGCGCUGCACCUGCUGCUGCUGCCACACCUGCGCCAGCUCAGCCUGCGACCCUGCCCCACGCUCGCCAACAACGCCCUGGGGCACCUCAUCGUCCUGCGCUGCCAGGGCCUGACCGUGCUGGACCUGGGGGGCUGCGGGCGGCUCUCGCCAUCCGUGCUGGUGGACCUGGCCGAGGGGCUGCCGCAAUUGAGCCGCCUGGGGCUGGCCCACACCCAGGCCAAUGUCCAGGUGCUCUCGGCCGUGGGCUCCUGCUGUCGCCACCUGCGGGAGCUCGAUGUGAGCGGCUGCAAGAAGGUGACACCGCGUGCCUUGCGGCACUUGGGCUACGACCCCCUGGCACGCACCCCGGGAUGCUCCAUGCUCCGUGUCCUGCUAGCCCGUGACCUGGAGCACGCCGGGGAUGGGAACAUGGUGGCUGCUGUGGCCUUCCUGCUGCUGGCCCUGCCAUACCUGGAGGUGCUGGCACACAGUGCCCUGCCGGAUGCGCUCCGGCUGCUCCACUCGCGGCAGCUGGACGGCACCAAGGACUCAGAGGGUUUCCCCUCUCUGAAGGAGCUGGCUGCGGCAGAGGGACCCUUGCUCAUGCUGGCCCUGCGGCACCUGGAGGAGGUGGAGGAGGAUGUCCUGUGCACCGUCCGUGCCGUGUGUCCCAGGGCUGAGGAGGUCAGCGUGUGGCUGGGGGACAGUCCCAGCCCCUCAGUGCUUCAGGAGUUGCAGGGCUGGAAGUGCCUGUCCCGGCUGACGCUGGGCUGCUCUGGGCGGCACGGCCGGGCACUGGCAGAGGUGCUGCCCCUGGCACAGGGCCUGGGCACUCACCUGCACACCCUGACCCUGCACGGCUUCAGCUGCCGUGACCCGCUCUCGCUGCCCACAUUGCUCGCCAGCUGCCCCUGCCUGCAGAGCUUCAGCGCUGAGCUGGAAGUUCCACCGGAUCCCCACGCUCACGACGAGCCUCCCGAGGAACCCCCAGACUCGCCACCAGGCUGGGCCACCGACCUGCUGCCCCGCGGGCUACCCCGGCUCCAGAGCUUCUCGCUGACCCUGGCCGGACCCGUGCCGGCCGCGCACCGGCCAGUGCUGAGCUCUACGCUGGCCUCGCUGCUGUGCGAGGCCCCUCAGCUGCGGACCCUGCGCCUGCUGGCCGUGCCCUUCCCUCUGGAUUCGGUGCUGGAGCCGGCGCUGGCAGGGCCCGCGCUGCAGGAGCUGCGGGAGCUGUCGCUGGCCGAGAGCCGCGUGUCCCCCGGUGCCGUGUGGCAACUGCUGGGCUCCGACGGGCCCCUGCGGCGCCUGGACCUGUCCCGCUGCCCUGACAUCCACCGGCGUGACUACGACAGCUUCCAGCAAGCCGUGAGGAAGCAGCGGCUGGAUCUGGACAUCAGCUGGGAGUAGCGGCGCGUGUGACGCCGGGGUUUUUAAUAAAAUUCGCGUUUACACCUGG